AAAGCCCAGAGGACAAAGGCGCUCUGCGGGAGGCGCGGGUUGCGCUUGCCAGCGCGGAAGGCGCGGGCUGCGCAUGCGCAGUUGUUCGGCGGGAGUUUCAGAAGUAGCGGAGGCAGCGGGGAACCCGAACCGAACUGACGCGGGAGAGAGGACCCUCUGCGGCGACGCCGAGGCUGCAGAGGUGCUGGAAAUGGGGCCGUGGUGCGAUCUCCAACCAGUUUUAUAGAGAAAAGAUGUGUGGCCUCCAAAUCUUCCAAAGAGAAGUGACUGUAUUUAAGCAGUGAUAGGGAGGAUGAAUCUGUUUUAUGGGUAGAAGGACAGAUGUGGGUGGGCAGAGAUUAAAAAGUAGGAUUUCUAGGCAUGGCAGAAUCUGGAGAGAGUAAGAGGUGAUGUGGGGUUGUUUUGUUUGUUUUCUAGUUUGGAAAACAAAGAUCCUAAUACCUUCCAAGGAACUGGGGGCUAGUGCCUCACAAAGUGAUCAGGAGCUAAGAUGGGUUCUGUGUACUGAGUUCUUGAAGACAGCAGUCGGUGAUAACAAUCUUGGUGCUGAGAAUCUCGGGGAGGCAAGUGAGGGCAUCUGAAGACCUAUUAUGGGAUAGUGAGGCCCUGUGAGGCUAGAGCUUGAACAGAUCUCCUCAUUUUCCUGUUUUCCUCUUUCAUCCAGGAUGGCAUCAGUGACCAGAUCAGAAGACCAGGAACCCACGAUGUCCGAGACUCAGGAUCGUCCAUUGCAACCAAGUCUCAAGCCUUUGGAAGCAUUGCCUCGAUCUUCUGCCCACCAGGAAAUGAUGAUGCAAGGCAUUUCAGAGGGGAAAGACCACCUUGGCGCGAGCCCUGGAAAGGGGGAAGGUUGUAGUGCCAACCACCAGGAGGGAUCUCAGUCGAGGUCCUUUCAUUUGUCCCCUCAAGAACAGUCUACCUGUCCUCGAGACAGAAGGCAGUCCUGGAGACGAGCAAGCAUGAAGGAAGUAAACCGGCGGAAGUCACUGGCUCCCUUUCACCCAGGCGUCACAGAGCUCAGCAGGACAAUCAGUGUGAAGUUAGCAGAAAGCCAACGGCUUGGUGCCCUCCUGCUCUCCAGCUUCCAGUUCUCUGUUGAAAAACUUGAACCUUUCUUAAAGAACACUAAGGACUUCAGCCCUGACUGUUUUAGAGCGAAAGCAUCUUCUCUCUCUGAAGAAUUGAAACAUUUUACAGACAGGCUGGAAAAUGAUGGGACACUGCAAAAAUGUUUUGUUGAAGAUUCAAAAGAAAAAGAAGCAAAUUUUUCACUGGAAGCAUCAGUAGCUGAGGUGAAAGAAUAUAUAACAAAGUUUUCUUUAGAGCGUCAGGCCUGGGAUCAGCUCUUACUGAAGUACCAGAACGAGGUUCCACCUGAAGAGAUGCCCAGAGGAUCAACUGAAACCAGAAUCACUGAAGUCAAGGUGGAUCCUGCGGUCUACCUCAGGUCUUCCCAGAAGGAAGUUCUUAGCACGAAGCCAGACUAUCAGAGAAUAGUACAAGAUCAGAACCAAGUCUUUGCCUAUAUGGAGUUAGUGAUGGAUGAGCUCCAAGGAUCAGUGAAGCAGCUGCAAGCCUUCGUGGAUGAGAGUACUCAGUACCUCCAGAAGGUGUCAGUACAGCUCAAGAAGAAAAGUAUGGACCAAUUAGACUCUUCACCUGCUCGGAAACUGCUCAAGCUCCCCCACCAGAGCUCACCUUCCACGCAGUGAUGAGGAUCCUGUCAGGGACCUUACCUCACAGCGGUGAGCUGGAACGUCCCGGCUCUACAGCACACACUGUUGCUGAGUGACAGCGUGUAUGUAUCCAGAAGAGUGUGUUAAGGACACUUUUUGUGGGGAUGUGCAAGAUGCUUCAAAUGGCCUUCAGAACCAGUUGUCCGUUGCUCUAAACAUCCUCAUGGUCAGUGCUUUUCAUCCCAUAAACUAAUCCAAAGACAUCUAGAACCAACCUCAAGGAAAUGUUUUAGGGCCAAGGUGGGUUGUUGUCAUAAAAAGACAGAUGCUAAAGUUUGUGAGUGUGGGACUGAAGGUGGAUUAUAGGAUGUUGUCACAUAACGGGUGUGUGUGGACACUUUACAGAAUGCCUAUUUUCUGAAGUGUCCUAAUGUCUGUAGAGUGCUUUAGUUUUUAAUAUUGAAUUGACUUUCUGGAAUCUAAAUUCAUGACAAUUUAAUUUUUCAUUUGGGAAUUCCCCUGCCUCCCUAAGAAUUGAACCCAGGGCUUUGUGGGUGCUAGGGAAGCACCCUCAAGAAGCUGCACCUUUAGUCCCCAUGUUCUGGGGUU